ACCUUUGACGGUUUGACCACGCCUCCCCUCCCCCUCUCCGCCCCCGCUCCUUGAGUGUCCGUACGCCGCGCCCCCACAAACCCCGUAACCCUAGGGCGCGCCACCGGUCGCCGGCGGCCAGCGGCCAUGGACGGCGCGGCGGCGGCGGCGGCGGCGGCGGCGGAGCUGCGCGAGGCCCACCGCCUGGCGGGCCACGCCGACCGCGUGUGGGCGCUCGCCUGGAACCCCGCCCCGGGCGCCGGCCCCGUCCUCGCCUCCUGCGGCGGCGACAAGACCGUCCGGAUCUGGAAGCGCGCCCCCGACGGCGCCUGGCACUGCUCGGACGUGCUGGAGGACACGCACAACCGCACGGUGAGGUCCUGCGCCUGGUCCCCCGACGGGAGGCUGCUGGCCACCGCGAGCUUCGACGCCACCACCGCCGUGUGGGAGUACAACGGCGGCGACUUCGAGUGCGUCGCCACUCUGGAGGGGCACGAGAACGAGGUGAAGAGCGUGUCGUGGAGCCCGUCCGGGUCGCUGCUCGCGACAUGCAGCCGGGACAAGAUGGCGUGGAUAUGGGAGGUGCAGCCGGGGAAUGAGUACGAGUGUGUGUCGGUGCUGCAGGGGCACACACAGGACGUCAAGAUGGUGCAGUGGCACCCUUUGCUUGAUAUUCUGGUCUCUGUCAGCUAUGAUAAUACAAUCAGGGUCUGGGCUGAUGAUGGGGAUGAUGAGUGGCACUGUGUACAGACAUUAACUGAAGCCAAUAACUGUGGUCAUUCGUCAACAGUAUGGGCGGUAUCCUUUAACCAUAAAGGUGAUAGGAUGGUCACAUGCAGUGAUGACCGCACACUAAAAAUAUGGGACACCAGUGCUGAUUUGUCUCAACCAAAAACUGGCGAAGGUCAUGAAUCUUGGCGACACCUUUCUACUCUCACAGGAUAUCAUGAUCGAACUAUUUUUUCAGCCCAUUGGUCAAGUGAGGAUAUUAUAGCUAGUGGUGCUGGUGAUGAUGCAAUCUGCUUAUUUGCUGAGGAGAAGAGUAGCAUGGUUGAGGGGCCUUCGUACAAACUAAUACUGAAGAAAGAGAAGGCCCACGACAUGGACAUAAACUGUGUCCGAUGGUGUCCUCAGGACCCGAGGUUAUUGGCAUCUGCAAGCGACGAUGGCACAGUGAAAUUGUGGGAGCUGAGGGGGAGUGUACUGGAUUGAGUUUUGUUCUGUUUACAAUAUACUCCUAGUUCUAGGUGUGUACCUUGAGAUUAUAGAGCAGAUUAGGCAUCACCUUUGGGGUUUCUGUUUUACCAAACUCUGCUCCCUGUUUUGUUUAUACAUGUAUGUCAAGAGGGUGCUUGGUGAUGUUCUUUGAUCAGAUUUACCAUGCAAACUAUGAACAAUGCCAUCCUACCAAGAUGUGGAAUUGUUUCCUUGUACAUUAUGGUCCAACCAUUUUUACAAAUAAGUUACCGAAGAUUCUGCUCGCCUCAA